AUGGAUGAGUUAUUGAAGCAAAUCGACAACAAACGUGAAUUGGUACGAGUUACGCGUGACGCCCUCAAGCGAGCGAUUGAAAAUAGAAGUUUAACAAGCAUCGAGCGACAAAAGGGAACUAUAACUAAAACUGCGAACGAAAUCUACGAGCUAAAAGUAAACGUACAAGCGAUUAGAAUUGGAAAGGGAGACAAUGCUGAGGAUAUUCAAACAUGGACAGAAAAUAUUGAUCAAGAACUUGAGAUAUGGGACAGAGAAAUAAAUGAUGCAAGCAAAGCCACGACGGAAUGGAAACAACAAGAGGACAAAGAAACUACCAUGCGAGAACAGGAGAAGAUAGCUGAAACACGACGCGAAAUCCAUAAGGAACAACUGGAAUUUGAUAAG